AUGUCGAUUUUAUCUCCUGAAGAAAAAAUAACACAAGGUGUCAGUGAAAAACCAGUACAAAAUAUUGAAAUUGCUGAUAUAUCUCAAUUUACAUACCCAACUGAACAGCCCGUUGUUAAAUUGCAAAAACAAUUUAGUCUAAUAAGUGCAAUUAAUGCUGGUAUUGUUACUGGUAAUACAUGGACAGCGUUAGGUGGUGCCAUUGUUGCCUCAUUGGGUAAUGGUGGUAUGGGUGCUUUGAUUUAUGAAUUUAUCGCCGUAUCUAUCUGUUAUUGGUUUAUUGCUGCAUCCAUAGCAGAAUUAACUUCGGCUAUUCCUGCCUCCGGAGGUGUCUACCAUUGGGCAUCUAUCACACCCGGACCAAAAUUCGGUAGAGUUUGUGGAUGGUUUGCUGGCUGGCUAGAUUUUUUUGCUUGGGUUUUUGGUGUUGCCGCUAAUUGUAAUAUGAUUGGCACUAUGGUUGUAUAUGCUUAUGGGAUGUUUCAUCCUGAAACUACUUUGCAAGCAUGGCAAAUAUUCAUUGUUUUGAUCAUUAUUUGUUGGAUAUGCUGUUUCAUUGUUAUGUUUGGUAAUAAAGCAUUGCCAAUCAUUAACAACAUUGGAUCCUUUUUAAUGCUAGGUGGCUGGUUUGUUACUGUGAUUGUUUGUGCUGUAAUGCCAAGUAAAAAUGGCCACAAUUAUGCUACAAAUAAACAAGUUUGGCAAAGUUGGAAUAAUCAAACCGGUUAUAAAAACGCAGAAGGAUUUGUAUUUUUAGCUGGUAUGUUAAAUGGUGCAUUUGCUGUGGGUACGCCAGAUUGUAUUACUCAUUUAGCUGAAGAAAUCCCUGACGCUGCAAGAAAUUUACCCAAAGUUUUAUUUUGGCAAAUAUUGGUUGGCUUCCUGACUGCAUUUUUCUAUAUGAUAUCCAUGUUUUAUUCCAUCCACGACUUAGAUGCUGUUUUUAAUGCAGAUUCUUACUGUCCAUUGGGCGACAUAUAUUUACAAUCAACAGGGUCAAAAGGUGGUGCCUUGGGUUUACUAAUUGUUAUUAUCCUACCAAUUUUUUGUGCCACUAUUGGUUGUUUGGUCACAAGCAGCAGAACAUUAUAUGCCUUAGCAAGAGAUAACGCUGCUCCAUUUUCAAACCAAAUAGGAUCUAUAAGUCCAAAAUGGAAAUCACCAAUGUGGGCCACAUUUAUUUGCGGCAUCAUUUCCACUUGUCUAGGUGCUAUUUAUAUUGGUUCUGCAGAGGCAUUCAAUGCUUUUGUAGGUUCUUUUGUUUUAUUGACAACUUCAAGUUUUUUCUUGUCUAUUUUCCCUCAUAUUUUAACAAAAAGGAAAAAUAUCAAAAGGGGCCCUUUUUGGUUGGGUAAAUUUGGCUAUUUUAUCAAUAUUGUUUCCUGUGUUUAUAUCGUGGUUUUUUUUGUUAUUUAUUGCUUUCCUUACACAUUGCCCGUUGUUGCUGAUGAAAUGAACUAUACUAGUGUUAUGACUUGUGGGUUAGCUUUACUUGUAACAAUUUGGUGGUUUAUUCAUGGCAGAAAAAAUUAUUCAGGCCCAAAAAUUGUCUAUGAAAAUGACGCAAGCGAUGACGCCAAUGACAAAACAAUAGUUUUGGACACAGAAGCUGGCAGUAUUUCCUCAUCUUAA